CUUCAUUGAAUGAUACUAUGCCGAAAGAUGCAGCUUCUACAUGGAGUAAAUGAGUGGUGUAAAUGGCAUUACCCUCUAACUAUCCUAUCUCCCUCAUUACACCGACAUUUUGAUACAUUCCAUCUGAAACACUAAUCAUUGCAACCAAUAUGCUAAAAGUGGGCAGCCUGUCGACGGACGUAAUUUUGAGUGACCGCGAAUGAGAUAAACAAGCGAUUUGCUCGCUUGUGAUUGGCCAGUUUGUCAUUCGAGUUGAGGUAAUUUCAAACAUCAUUCUGCUGCUUCGUUAGGUCCUGAAUUUCCGUGAGCGUUUUAUCAAAUUGGAGAGAUAACUGACAACACAAAUUAUUACAGCUCAGGAAAGAGAUGAUAUAGCAGUAGAUUUAUUUGCUGAAUUCAACGAAUUCAUGCCAAAUUACAAUCUAAGGACUUCUCAGGAGUGUCAAGAAUGCAAACAAUGUCUUGAAGAGAGAUCCUUAAAUAAGUAUAAUAUACACAGUGGUCUGGCUAAUCAUGAUAAAAACGGCAUGGUUGAUGCAGCAUAUACAUAUACUUUUGUAUAUGUAGGUAAACCUAGAUAAACUGUGUUCUUGUCACGAAGAUCGGAAAGCAGAUACCAGAUGUCUCAGUAAGCAGUGUAAUACAUAAUUAAUCUUGAAUUCAGUUGGGAUAAACUGGUUGAGCGCAUCAGUAUUGAGAGAAUACAGUGGAAACUUAUGGAAAACCAUAUAUGUG